GACUGACUAAUUUCAGUUUGUCGUGGUCUCUCGCCUAGCACUGAACGCAUCGAAACAAAAACUCGGCCAAUUGGUUUUGUUGUUUACGCUGGCGUUCGUGAUAGCUGCUCAAAAUUAAGCGUCGCAUUUUUCAUUACAUUUCGAUAUCGAGGAAUUUUUUUAUUUUCCUUCAUACGAACAUAGUCGGUUGUUGAUUGGCCGAGUGAAAUGUGCGUUUAAUUAUGUGAUUCGGUGUUUGUUUUGCAAACAAUUUUUGGCUUUUGUUUGGCAUUUAUAUUCCAAACAAAUGUCCAAGAAUUCUACUUUGUUAAUAAGAUCAAACGGAAAUACCAAACGAAUUUUAUAAUGUUGACAUUUAUCCCAACGAAGUAAAUAAAACAACAAAAUUCGCAACGUCGGCGUCGGUGUCAGCCUUAAAUAGAAUUUGUCGAACUUGCGAAAUUCCUUUUAGUGAAGCGCAAACAAAAAAUGUAAACAUCACAUUUGUCGAACGAAACCCGAAACGAAAACACCCGAUAAAAGUGAAAAACAAACUUAUGUGAAAAAAAAUAAACCACGAUGUCAACAUAAGUCCAAAAGAAACAAAAAAAAAGAAGUGAAGGAAACGAAUUACAAAACCCCAAAAAUAAAUAAUAAUGACAAAUUGUUAAUAAAAUAAUUGCAAUUUUAUUUUUAAACAAAAAUUUCCUCUAGCCUUAGAGGAAUACGAAAAAAACUACGAAACUACGAAUUAAUAAAGUAUCGACGAAAAUUAGUAUCAUCAUUAUCUAAAUGGCUGCUUUCAAUAUAUUUGCAACGAAAAUUUUGACUUUUUAAGUUUUUUUCGUUAGACCAACAACUUUUCGCCAACGCGACCUCAACAUUUCCAUGUUAAGAUAUCGCCUUGUGUCAACACAUUUCCUAAAACAGCCGUAAAUUGUUUCAACCACACCUCAUUGCAUCUGGUACAAGAGUCCAGUGCAAAGAAAGCUAGAAAAUCAAAGGUUCAUGUGAGAAAAAAACAAAAAAAAAAAAAAAAAAACACCAGAACAAAACUUUGGCAAAACGCCUAAAAGUUUAUGAUAAAACUUAAAAAAAGAUAAUUGCGUAAAUCUGCCUAAGAAAAAAGUAAAGGAAAGCAAUUUUUGAAAUCACAGUGAAAAGAGUAAGGCGAGAGCAAGCGAAAGAGAGGCACGAAUUGCCUUCGAGUGGGAGAGAAAGAGAGAGAGAGAAAAGGAAACAACGAAAAUGUGCAGAGAUCGCGAUAUGAUUUUGCCAUAGAUCAGCGUAAUCGCCAAUACAAGGUCAAGAAAAAAAUCAAGAUCAAAUAAAGCCUCUCCCCGACAACGUGAGCCAAGACUAUAAAACCAGACGCCUUUUGUAAAACUCAAAGGUUAACAAAGGACCUAGGAGCCUAAAACACAAUAUAUAUAUAUAUGUAUUAAUGUUAUAUACUUAAAACAACCACAACAACAACAACAAAAAAAUGUGACUGAUAUCGUAAAAUCAAAUAAAACCCAAAACCAAACAACCAACAUCAAAAGCCAUCAAUCAACACAAGCUGAAAUAAGUAAGAAGUAAAAAAAUACCAAAAGCGCCUAAAAGUAGUCUACACUAUUAAGCGAAUCCUACGAAUUACGUACGCAACCAGCCAGGAAGUCGAUUUGUUCGUCUCAAAAUAUCAAACACGGAAAAACGUGUGAAAACGACAAAAUCUCUGCAACAAAAAGGUGCGAAAACGUGUGCGUUCUGCUAACCGAGUGUUUUUUUGAGUGCUGCGUGCACACGUGUGUGCUAGCUAUUGUGACCAAAGUAAAAGAAGAAAAUAAGAUAAACGGAAGAAACGACUAUAACUGCUGAUACAACAAAUUAUAUGACGAUAAACGAGCGAACACAAAGCUUCGCCCAAAAGAGUAUUUCAUCACAAAGAAGCUCUUUGAACAACAUAGAGGACAAAGCGAAAGAGAGAGAGAGAAAAGGGAGAUCCAAGCAAACCCCUUACAUCACCAAGGGGCUUAGUAACGUUCCUCCCCGAGGAAACAACCUCAACUGCCAAGUUGAGACUUUGAUUUUAAAAAAUUUACCACAGUUUUUUUCUUUGAAAAAUUUUGUUUUAUUUGAUUUUGAUCGAACGGCAAAGCCAACUCUGAUAUUGUGUCCCCAGAAAAAGCAGCAAGAUUGAAGACUUUGUAAGGAAUCUUUGGAAGUCUGUUAAGGCUUGCGUUUGCGGCAUGCGCCAUCCUAACACUGGACUAAGCGAAGAUGACCUAAGUCGUCUAACUGGUUCAUCAUCUUCGUCAGCAUCUUGUCGUAGUAAUAAUUGUAAUACAUCAUCCUCUUCUUCCUCGUCCUCUUCAUCGUCGUCUUCGUCGUCGUCGUCAUCAUCGGCUUCAUCGUCCGGUGCUAAUACCCCCGAGGAAUGCAAACAUAUCAAUAAGAAGCAUCAGGAACAUCAUUCUCCUUCCAAGCACCACCAGCAUCAUCACCACCAUCACCAUCAUCAGCAUCAGCACCAAAAUGUCUCCCCCAUACCAGCUGAACAAUUGGAGAACAACAAAAACACUCAACAAUAUCAUGAACACCACUCACACUUUAGCUCCACCUAUCUACCGGAGAUCAUAAACCCUUUGGAAUGGCAAAAAUCGCGUAAGCGUAAGGAGCGUCUGGACAGCACUUCCUCCAGCACCCAGGAUCGUAAAUUGCAACGCUCGAAUAGUGAGGAGUUAUUGCCACAAGAUGGAAAAUUGCAAAACAACAACAAUGUGGCUUCUACACCGGCCGAUUUGGGCGUGAAUGCCCUUAAAUCGAACUACAAGAAUGUAGAGAAUAUUAGGCGUGUCUCAUCCGAAGAUUUUAAGCGUACGCCCUACGAAGUCUACGAACAGGAGUUGAAGGGCGACUGUGACCGUGAGAGUGCCACAGCACCGCCGGCCAAGUUGUGCGAUGAAAACGAUGGCAGUUUGGCCAAUCGUCAGGCGGCCAGCAACCUUCAGUCGUGGACGGUGGGUGUACCCAUCAAGGAUAUGACCCGGAGAUCGCGUUACGAGACAAGUCCGGCUCGUUCGCAACGACACUCACCCAUCAGGGUGUGUUUCAGCAGCAAUGGCAAUAGCGGCAAACAUCGUGACAGCGAUGACAGUGAAUGCGAGCAUGAGCGUCGCCGCAGCAGCGAACGCUUUUGCAAGUCGCGUGCCCCGCCAGGCCGCAAGGCCUCGGGGGUCACCAAGAAAUCGACCAGUUCCACGAAUGCCAUGAAAUAUUUGCCAGCCAAGUUGAACGAUGAGAAUGUCUAUAAAUACGAUUUGUCAGCACUGAAAUACGAAAGGCGUGGUUUUGUCUCGAAGAAGUCAUCGAACAACACCACCGACAAGAGUCACAAUACCAACGAUCUGAAUGACAAUAAUCUGAUUGACUUCAAUAACACCGCAACAAAAACCUCUAUGGCAAAGAGUCUAUCAUCGCCCACGGCCUCAUCCAAUGGCUCCACGGAUGAUGUGCACAUCAAUGCCUCGGGCUCGGCCAACCAACACCAGUUGGCCAUGCAAAAGUCCUCGGCCAACAGCAGCAAGAGCAACAGUCAGAGUAGUCUACACAAGGUUCCCAUUACCAUCUCAGCACAGGAAGCACUGCCAUGGGAUCGUUCGGUACCCGAAGACCAAACUCCUGUAUUGAGCAGACGUUAUGCCGCCGUCAGGCCCCAUCUCGUCGAUAGCAUUGACACAGCGGCCAAAUUGUCGAAAGUUAAACCUUUCCCCCAAUCGUUCCAUAAGCAAAAUCCCACGGCAGCCCAAUUGCUGGCCAAUGAUCUGGAUGACGAUGAUGUCAUGGAUCCCACAAUCAAUACCUUCCGUGCAUUUACCACGCUGGAGAACAUCAAGACUAGGGAAAUCAUGCAACAGGUCUUGCCCAGUGUAAUGUCUUUCCAAUCGCCCGAGGAACGUAUGCGACAGAUCAAUAAGCGGGUAACCGCAUUGAAAAAGAAACUCGGCCAACUGGAGGACUCGUAUGAGCAACGUUUUGGCUAUAAACCUUCACAGGCGGAUCGUCUGAAUGACAAGUAUAUGAAGAACAUCCUGUCGGAAUUGAGUAAAUUGCGCAAGGAAAGGCAUGAACUUAAAACAGAUCCCAUGGCAGCUUUGGGCUUGAAAGUUAGCGGCGGCAGCAUGAAUGCUGAGCAGAAAUUGCAGAAAAUGAAAUCGACUCUAAUGGAAAUUGAAGAGAGUUUGGCUGAGAAACGCAAAGGCAGCAAGCGCUCUGAAGUUUUGGAUGAGCUAACAGCCGAUCAAUUGGUGCAAGAGAAAACCACAGUGCAGCAUGGUUUGCUCUAUUUUGAAUCUCUCUAUGGACGGCCAUCCACCAAAGAUGAACGUGAUGCUGCGCGACCUCUAUACGAUCGCUAUCGUCAGCUAAAGCGCAUGGUCUCACGCAGUGUCACCCUAAGUGGGUCCAUGUCGGUGGGCAUACCCGAAUUGCCCACCAUACUGGAACACGAGGCUAUGGUCUUUGAAUCAACACAUCUACAAUAUUCUUCCAAUAACAGCACUGAAACUACCAACUCACCAACCGAUUCGGUAGUGCCCACCAACAGUUCGGAUGAGUCGACCACUACCACAACAGCGCAAUCCUCGCAACAGCAGCAGCAGCAGCAGGCACAGGAGCAAACUGAAAACAUUAGCUGUUUGAGCAUUGAAAAGCUAUGGGAACAAUUGGACAAGACAAGGGAGGAGAAGAAACAGCUAAAGCGAGUCAUACGCGAAUUUGAGACUUGUUUCGAGGAGGAGAAUGGUCGCAAAAUGCUUAAAAGCGAUCGUAAAACUAUCGAAGAGACUUAUGCUCAAUAUAAGGAGAAGAAAGCCAAGACUCGUCUUUUGCAGGCUUUGAUUAAGAAACAAAUAUCGCGUUGAAAGUUAAGAAAAGUAGCGCGUUUAAAAAAUUAGUAGAAUGAACACCACCCUGACCAACACUACCACAAAUUGGUGAUUGCUCUCAGCAAUACACACACACACCCACACAGGCACAUUCUGGGCUGCUUGAUGAUGCCAGCAAGUGUGAUUGGUGGUAGGUUGGGUGAGUGUAGCACAGUUAUAGUUUUGGCAGAAAGCUUUUAGUAUAACAGCUUUCAGUGAAUGGGCAUAGCAGCAGCGAAAGCUUAUGGAAAUAAGACUUUCUUUAGUAUGGUUACAAACCUUACAGGAAAAUCCCACCCAUAUUUUUGUUGGGUCGGUACAACAGACAAAGCUUUACACAAAACACUGAAAACACACUGACACACACACACACAGUCGGCCACCCAAAGUGGCACACACACACACACAAACCUACACCCAAACCCAAUCACACCUCCACGAACUGGCAGAGCUUUUGUUUGUUGCUCCGUUACGUUAUCACGUUACGUUAUGUAGAGACCUAAAGCUCUCUGUUUAUUUUUUUUUAAAUUCUCUUUCUUUGAAACGUUUCUAAAGCGUUACAAAGAAUUUGAAAAGGAAUACAAGUUUGGUUACAAACCCGACAUUUGUUUUGUUAUAUAUGUAACAGUUUAGACGAUUUUUUCUCUGUUAAAGGAGCAAGGGACUCUAAGGAAAAUUUUGAAAAUUUGAUUUUGAUGAGACUUGGCUCCUUGUAUUUUCUAUGAAUAUUACUUAAGAUUAUUAAAUAUUCUAUAAGAGAUAUAAAUGAAAACAAAAAAAAACAAAGAAGAAGAA